UUCAAUUGAGGGAAUUCAGCAGAGUUCUCUGAGACAUUUUUACAACUCAUUGAUAAGUAAUAAUAAUAAAUAAAUGGACAAAUGUGGUGUUGUGUGUUCGUCCAUGUCUCUCAACAGGGGCCUGUUGCACAAAAGUAGAAUUAAGACAUCCGGGAUAAAUGACUCAGCUGAGCUCAAUGAAGCCAAAACAUGUGCAUCCAGGCUUAAUUGGUUGCACAAAGACCAAGCCAGGAUGAGUAGACACGGAUUCAUUAAGCCAGGUGAAACCAAUCCUGGAUAGGUGCGCGCUCACGGCUCACUCAAAUAGACCCCGCCACAGAUCACAGAUUAACUGAUUUACCAUGGCAACUAGAGCCGCGUACUUUUCCCCGUCGGAAGCACAAAUCCUCAUGGAGGCAUACGAGGAGGUAAAAGAUAUAAUUAAGAAGAAAGGCAACACCGCCACAGUGAUAAAGCAAAGAGAAAAAGCGUGGCAAAGUAUUGCAGACCGCCUGAAUGCAUUAAACAUGAACGGGCCAAAACGGACAUGGCAGCAGGUCAAAAUCAAAUACAAGAACAUUCUGCAGAAUGGUAUGGUCCCUGACUAAUAUUUAACAAAGCACAAGCAUAUAUUGUACCCAGAAGGUGCCUGCUCACACAUUGUCUGUACUGUUUUCGCAGUGAAAAAGAAUACCCACAGACAAGGCACGGGUGGUGGGUCACCAAAGGCUGACCUUACCCCAGCAGAGGACAUGGCCUUGGAGCUAAAUAAAGGCAGGCCCGUCUUAGAGGGGAUCCCUGGGGGAAAGAGACGAGCAUAGGUUCCUCCCAAGAUGCCACCCGCUUCAUUCAAGUGCCUGGCAGCACUGUGUUCCUGUUAGAGCCACCAGCACAAGCACCAGACGAUGCUGAUCCAGGUGAAGGCCCCAGUGCAGCAGCAACAGCACAUGAUGGAGACUAUGAUGAGGAGGAGACCAUCUCUCUGGAUUCCAGAAGGCAUGAGGACCCAGAUGCUAUACAGUGGGAAAACCAGCCUGGCAACAUAGUGCGUAUUAAUAAAAGGACACCACAUCCUGCCAAAUUCCAGCUGCGCUAAUUGUAUUGUGUUCACAGAGCUCACAAGCUAUCAGAAAGUUGUAUGGCAACCACCUCCGGCGCCAAAUAGAACUGGCAGACAUAGACAUUCAGUACAAGAAGAAAAAGAUGGAAAGUCUUGCACUGGAGUCCGAAAUAAAAAAGAGGACAAUUAGGAAACUGGACCUUGAAAUAAAAAACUUGAGAGGGAGCUCCAAGAAGAUGACACAGCUCAAAAUAAAAAUUAGGUAUAUUCUCGUAAAGUCAAGUGAGCCAUGACAUAUGAGCUCUUAUUGUGAGCACACAGGACGGUGGCAUCUUUCUAAGGUUUUUUUAUUUUCCCAGCAAUCAGUACAACCAAGUCAUCGUUAUAAGGCAUCGCCCUCUUUGCCCACCCCCCAGCACCAGGUGUGGCCACUAGCCUAUAUGAAGGCCCAAAAUUGUGUGUUCCUUUCUGCUCUGACAAUGGCAUGCCCAUUCGUGCGAGAUGUGGUGGAUGAAGAAGCACUUGUGCUGAGGAGAGCCUUCAGGCGAGAAAGGGUCUUCAGGGACCGGUUGGACCCACUGGCCUUCCCUGAUGACCAUCUAUAUGAAAGAUACAGGUUUUCUGCAGAUGGCAUCAGGUAUCUAUGCAGACUACUGGGUCCCAGGAUUAAGCACCGCACUGCACGGAGCCAUGCACUGAGUGUGGAGCAAAUGGUUUGUGUGGCCUUGCGCUUUUUUGCUAGUGGAGCCUUCCUGUACUCAGUGGGGGAUGCAGAACAGCUGAACAAGGCCACAAUUUGCCGCACAAUAAGGAGUGUGUGUCUGGCUAUCAAAGCAUUAGCAGAUGUCUUCAUCUCCUUCCCUGGCCACAGAAGACUCUGUGACAUCAAAGAGGAGUUCUAUAGGAUUGCAGAUGGUCUGUAAUGCUGACUGUGUGAUCAGCAAUGUUGUGGCAAAAUGGCCUGGCUCAGUCCAUGACUCCAGAAUCUUUCGGGCCUCUGAAAUCUAUCAGUGCCUAUCACAAGGUGAAUUCUCUGGUGUGUUGCUGGGAGACAGGGGGUAUGGCUGCCAGCCUUUUCUCCUGACACCUUUCACAGACCCCCAGGAAGCACAGCAGGCCUACAACCAUGCCCAUGCCAGGACCAGGGCCAGAGUUGAAAUGACCUUUGGCCUCCUGAAGGCACGCUUUCACUGCCUUCACAAAUUAAGGGUCAGCCCUGUUAGGGCAUGUGAUAUUACUGUGGCUUGUGCUGUCCUCCACAAUGUGGCCUGCCUGAGGAAGGAGAGGGCCCCCAGAGUGCCACCAGCCAUGGACUGGGACAAUCCGGCAAUCUUCCCUGAUGACGACAGUGGUCGGCUGCUGAGGGACCAAUAUGUGUUGAAUUAUUUUAGUUAGUAUGUGUGCUUUCAAUUUUGGUUAAAUAUGUCCUGCGGUGGCAGAGGAAUUUGGUUUUUUUUUGGGUUCGUUUGACGAAUUUGGCCUCUUAUGAUGUUUGUGCGGUAUACUGUGUGUAAUACAAGGCUGCAGGGAGGCUACUGCAUCCAUUCAUUUGUCUGUUCAGUUGAUGUGUAUGGAUUUGUCCUGCAUUUAUUUUAGUGUGCAGACAUGCAGGGUGUGUUAUAUACAGACCUUUGAAUGUGUAUGUAUCAUUUUGUAUAAUAUGCUUGGAUUCUGUGCUUUCCAUCUUGUAGAGUCACUGUGACUUCAGUUUCGAAAGGAGCUGAUGGUUUACCUGCUUUGUUUUGUCCUUAUUCAAUAAAGGAACAUAAUGUUACACAUUGUG